UUCGCGGUCACGUGACCAUAAACUCUUGCCGGUCUGUGUUUGCUGUUGUGGGGGAUAGACUCGCUUAUGUGCUCUUGCAACCCGGCUGUGCGGUAGCGGUAUUCAUUUGAUCUUCAACUACAGUCGCAUCGUGUUGCAUUUCACCGGAUUAAAAAUUUUUAAUACUGUGUACUAAAUUAUUAAUAAUUAAUUAUCGAGAUUAUUUAUCUACUAGUGAUUUUAAAUAAUUGCAGUGAUUAGAAAAAGAGAAAAAAGAUGGCUGCAGGUUUUGAGGAUCCGUAUCUAACAUGUCCACUGGACGAGGUCCACAGGAUUCGGAAAAGUCGUAUGCAGUGUCAUUUAACCAAAUGCUUGAAGAAUCAUAAAUUGAUGGAUAAGAUUAAAUGUCCGUUCAAUCCAUUGCAUAUCAUCUAUCCAAAUGAAAUGGCGCAUCACAUGACUGUUUGUGAGAGCAACGCAAGUGUUAAUGUGCAAAUGUAUGAUAGAAAUGAUCAAAAGUGUUUCUCGGGAGUAAUAUCUGAACAAGAGGCAAGGGCUCAACUCGAAGCAGCUCUCGGUGCGUCUAGUAAUGAAGUUGAAUACAACCAUACUAUAGAUAAAGCAGGUUAUGAUCCUGUAGAGGCAAACCUGGAUAAUCCUGUGUUCCGGACUCUGAACUGUGAAUCCAAAGCUAAGAGGAAGGAGUUUCGAUUACAAGAGCGCAAGAGGAUUGCAGCAAUCGAAGCAGAACAAGGAAAACAACAAGUGAAGCCAGCAAGACCAAAUGAACCACAGAAGUUGCAAGAACUUAAUCCGAUUCGUAGCCAAAGUGUCGCCGCUAAUUUUGAGUCUUUUGGAGAUGAACAUCAAGAGCAGGGACAUUCAAUUAAUAAUUAUUCACCUAUUAAAGGAAUAAUGUAUGAAGAACAUGAUCAAAAUCCUCUGGCUUCAAUUGAUGAUCUUGAGAAUCUAUCAAUUAAAGAUGAUGUUGAUAUCUCUACGAAAAUUGAGUUCCUGCGUCAACAAGAAAAUGAAAUUCGGCAAAAAAUACGGGAACUGGAGAAACGAGCUGCUGGAUCUGAUGAGUCAAAGAAUAAAAAUCCAUUCCGUAAUACUAGUAAUGAUUUGAGUGUCGAUAGACGAACUAGUCCAUUUGCAGUACCAACCAACGACAGCUAUAAUUAUGAAGGUGCUGUUAAUAAUUCAACUGAUGCUAAGCAAAACUAUUCUGAUGUUUUAGCUAGCAAGCCACAAACAUUCGAAUUAUCAGCACGUCCACAAUCAAGUCCGUGGAAUGUUGUUGCUAAAUCAAAGCCUGAAUCGUCAAAUGUUGUAUCUGCUUCCAGAGAUAAAGAGUCGAAGCCAUCAGAAGCUUUUGUAGUUAAAAAAAAUUCAUCUACUGAAGAGACUAUUGCUACUACUCAGUCAUCAGAGUGGACUAUAGUAUCUCGAUCAAAAAAAGCAACAUCAGUCUCUGACUUAGAAUCGCGAAAUGUAAAAACAAAAUCACGAGAACCUUCGCCUGUUAAUGAAUCAACUUUAUUGAAGAAAGUUGCAUUAGAGGAAAUUUCGUCAACGUUGAAAUCUACACCAUGGAAUGUUGAAACCAAUUCUCGAGACUCAUCACCAACCCCUGAUGCGGUACCAUGGAAUAAAGUUGCUACACUUAAAGAGAAUUCGUCAAAAUCAGAUUCAAUGCCAUGGAGUGUAAUGACACGGUCCAAGAAGAUUUCUUCUUCUGAACAAUGUACUCAAUGGAGGCUGGCACCUUCAACUGAUACUUCAAAAGUUUCAUCAUCAUCAUCAUCAUCAUCGUCAUUAAAUGCGGCUGUUCUACCAAAAAUGACCGGAGUCUCUCAAUUGCCUUCAUCCGAUGACAAUGUCAAGCCUACUAAGACAUCACCAGCAGCAGCAUCUUCGACUCCUACAACUGCUGAAGUUGUUUCAAGAUUCACACCAACAUCACAAAAUUCAAAUCAAACAGUGAAUUUAGUUUCAACAUCAGUCUCAUCAAUGUUUUCUUCAUCAACACACAGCAAAGUAGCUAAAGGGCCUGAGAAGCCUGUUGAAAGUUCACUUGGAUCUUCGAAAACCAACGCUAAAGCUAGUGAAUUUUUACCGAUACCUCGUCGUCCUGCAGCUGGUCGUGGAAUCGUUCAUGCUCUCGACGAAAUCAGGCAGCAGAAAUUAAAUUAUUUGUUUUCUUCACGAAUUUCAAGACCAGGAUCAAGAAACAGUUUUUGUUCUAGUUACGAACAAAGCAAUAUCGAUGGUGUCUAUGGUUACGAAGAAACCGCUUAAUGAUUUAUUCAUUAUUUUUUUCUAUUUCUACUUAUAAUACUUUCAUUUUUUAUUAUUACAUUCCAAGUCAAGAAGAGACUUAUUUAUUUUUCAAUCAUUACAUA